UCUAGAACUUUCUUCACCGCCUUAAAUUCCCAUCUAAUCUCUUCUCCACAUCACCAACAAACUAUCUCACUAAAGAUCUCAACCUUCACUAUAAACCCAACUCUUAAACCCACUCAAAGCUCAAAUCAAGCUACCAAACUCCUUCAAUUUCAUCAAAUCAAGUCUUGAAACCCUCUCUGGAAUGAAAAGUUUGCUUCUUUUUAAGUUGAAACCAUGGAGGGAGUAGCAGUGAAAGAAGAAAUUAUAGCUUGCACAGUUGGUUCAUCGUCUUCAUCUUCUUCAAGCUUGUCACCGCGGCCGAUGGAGGGGUUACACGAGUUGGGUCCGCCACCAUUUCUCACAAAGACGUUUGAAAUGGUGGAGGACUCUUCUACAGACGCCAUUGUUUCCUGGAGCAGAGCUCGCAAUAGCUUCAUCGUUUGGGACUCUCAUCAGUUCUCCUCAAUUCUCCUUCCUCGCUACUUCAAGCACAAUAAUUUCUCGAGCUUCAUUCGCCAGCUUAAUACAUAUGGUUUCAGAAAGGUUGAUCCGGAUAGAUGGGAAUUUGCGAAUGAAGGGUUUCUUGGAGGGCAGAGGCAUUUGUUGAAGACUAUCAAGAGGAGGAGGCAUGUGUCGCAGAGUACGCAUGAAGAUGGAGGAGGAGCUUGUGUUGAAUUGGGACAGUACGGGCUGAAGACUGAGCUUGAAAGACUGAAAAGGGACAGAAAUGUGUUGAUGACUGAGAUAGUGAGAUUAAGGCAGCAACAACAGAAUUCGAAAGAAUUAGUCAUUGCGAUGGAGGAUCGGUUGCAGACGACUGAAAAGAAACAGCAACAGAUUAUGAAUUUCCUUGCAAAAGCACUCAAGAACCCAUGUUUUAUCCAAAACUUUGCUCAGAAGAGAGAGUUAGUUGGUGUUGGUGUAGGUCGAAAACGGAGACUAAGUGCUAGCCCCAGUGUGGAGAAUUUGCAAGAGGUGCCUACAGCCCAUGUUUUGGACAUGGCAGCAAGUCAAGAUCAGGGGGAGUUGUUAACCAUGGAGUCAGACUUUGAGUCACUUUUCUCAGCUGCUGCUUUGGACAAUGAAUCAAGCAGUGAUAUCAACGGCUCUAAUCUGACUUCAAUACCCACAAGUGGUGGUGGCAACUUGGGCACUGUGAAUGAGACAAUUUGGGACCACCUGUGGAGUGAUGAGCUCAUUGGUGGAAAUCCAGAGGAAGAGGUUGUGGUUGGGAAUGACUCUGAAAUCGAUGUGGAGGUGGAGGGUCUGGUUGCUGAUCCUUCAGAAUGGGGUGAGGACUUGCAAGACCUUGUUGAUCAAAUGGAUUUUCUGAUCAAGCCCAAUCCUUGAGGAUGAUAACCAAAUGUCAAUGACUUUUUGAUGAAGAUGUUGUGUUCUGAUUAGUUGGUCCCUGCAACACCAUUCCUUGCUGAUCAUAUUUGGUAUAUCCUUUAUUUGGUUUUGUUUUUUAAUUAGUAUGUGUGUUCUUUGUUGUGAGUGAGAAAUAAUGUAUGAUUUCUGAUGCAGGGAAUGGUGAAUGUUGCAAUGGGGCCGAUACUAGUUGCUGUUUUUAUGUAUCCUUAAGCGAUUAUUAUUUGGUUUUUUAAUACAUUUGUACUUCUAAUUCUAUUC